GCGGUAACACUGACAGUCUGUUUGACAUAGAGAAGGGCAUGGGCACCAUCAUCAUCGCUAAGCCUCUUGACGCUGAGCAGCGCUCCUUCUACAACAUGACUGUGGAGGUGACGGACGGGACCAACUCUGCAGCCACACAGGUCCACAUCACAGUGUUGGACAACAACGACAACGCRCCUGUCUUCUCCCAGCCCACCUAUGACAUCACCAUCUCUGAGGACACGCCCCCGGAGACAGAGGUGGUCCAGGUGUUAGCGUCGGACCGUGACGAGCGCCACCGUCUCACCUACUCCCUCCACAGCGCCAUCGACCCCUCCAGCCUGCGUCUGUUCCGUAUUGACCCCAACACUGGCACGGUGUAUACUACAGAGAGACUGGACCACGAGGCUAGAGCACAGCACAUCCUCACUGUCAUGGUAAAAGACCAGGAGUUUCCGUACAGGAGGAACCUGGCCCGAGUGUUGGUGGAUGUUGAGGAUGUUAAUGACCAUGUCCCAGUGUUCACCAGUGCUCUGUACGAGGGUUCGGUCUAUGAGUCUGCAGCAGUGGGCUCUGCUGUGCUCCAGGUGACUGCCCUGGACAAAGACAAGGGAGAAAACGCAGAACUCUUCUAUACCAUGGAAUCAGGCAACACAGGGAACACGUUCCGGAUUGAGCCGGUUCUGGGGAUCAUCUCUGUGGCCCGCGAGCUCGACCUUUCCACCAUCGGCUACUACGUCAUUACCGUCAGAGUCACCGAUAACGGCUCCCCGCCACUCUUUGCCACCUCUGUGGUUCGCAUCGCCGUCACACUCUCCGACAACGCCGGACCCAAGUUCCCCCAGACCGAGUACCAGGCCGAGGUCACAGAGAACGUUGCCGUGGGAACCUCUGUCACCACAGUAAGCGCCAUGAGCCAAUCCACGCUGACCUACGACAUCCGACAUGGCAACAGCGAACGCACCUUCAGGAUCAACCAGUACAGUGGCGUGAUCACAACUCAGAAACCCUUGGACUAUGAGACCACAGCAUCUUACAACCUGAUCGUCCAGGCCACCAAUAUGGCUGGCAUGGCCUCCAACGCCACCCUGCUCAUACGGGUGGUGGAUGAAAAUGACAACCCACCUGUGUUCCAGCUGCUGUGCUACCAGGGUAGUAUCAGCGAGGCGGCGCCCAUCAACAGUGUGGUCCUGAACCCAGAUAAAACUCCUCUGGUCAUCAAGGCCACUGAUGCUGACCGCAAUCAGAACGCUCUCCUGGUCUAUCAGAUCGUUGAGGACACAGCCAAGAUGUUCUUUACAGUGGAUUCUGGCACCGGCUCCAUCAGGACUAUCGCCAACCUGGACCACGAGACGUUUGCUAGUUUUAACUUUCAUGUUCAUGUGAGAGACAGUGGGAGGCCUCAGCUGACAGCGGAUAGCCCCACCGAGGUCACCAUCCAGGUGAUCGACACAAAUGACUCUCCACCUCGCUUCACCCAAGACACCUACGAAACUGUCCUGCUGCUGCCCACCUAUGUAGGAGUGGAGGCAUUACAGGUCUCAGCUAUGGACCCAGACCAAAAUGUCCCCACAGAGCUCACCUACUCAGUGACAGAUGGCAACCUGGAGCACUUUUCCAUCCAGCCCUCCAGCGGCAUCAUCACCGUCAAAAACAACAACUUCUCCAAGGAACGAUUCCGCUUCAACGUCAAAGUGUCCGACGGUAAGUUCUCCAGCACUGCUCUAGUCACUGUUCUGGUCCGUGAGACGCUGGACUCUGGCCUCUUCUUCGCCCACAGCCUCUAUUCCUCGUCCAUCCAAGAGAACAAUACCAACAUCACCAAAGUGGCCGUGGUCAACGCAGUGGGGAAUCGCCUCAAUGAGCCCCUCAAGUACACCCUACUGAAUCCUGGGACACGUUUCCGGAUCCGAUCCACCUCUGGCGUAAUCCAGACCACUGGCAUUCCCUUCGACCGUGAGGAGCAGGAGUUCUAUGAGCUGGUGGUGGAGGCUGGGAGGGAGCAUGACCGUCUGCGUGUUGCCAGGGUAAUGGUCAGGGUGCAGGUAGAGGACAUUAACGACAACGCUCCUGUGUUCGUGGGACUACCAUAUUACGCUGCUGUCCAAGUGGAGGCCGAACCCGGUUCGCCCAUAUUCCGGGUCACCGCCGUGGACCGUGACAAAGGCAUCAACGGAGAGGUGUCCUACUACCUGAAAGAUGACCACGGACACUUUGAGAUCGACAGGCUGACGGGCGGGCUCCGUCUGAAGAAGUCUUUUGAGUCUGACCUGUCCAACCAGGAGUACCAGAUGGUAGUUUAYRCCAAGGAYGGAGGUUACCCUCCWCUYUCMUCCRCCKUAGAGUUCCCCAUCACCGUGGUGAACAAGGCCAUGCCCGUCUUYGACAAGUCCUUCUAYGCAGUGWCGGUGAACGAGGAYGUAGCGGUACACACKCCYAUAUUAGGAAUCAACGCCACCAGCCCWGAGGGCCAGAACAUAAUAUACACCAUCGUGGAGGGAGACCCCUCUCUGCAGUUCGACAUCGGCUUUGACACCGGAGUCAUUAGAGUCAUCAACUCCCUGGACUAUGAGAUCGCCUCAUCCUUCCGUCUGACUGUCAGAGCCACAGACUACCUGACCGGCGCCCGUGCUGAGGUGGACGUAGAUGUCACAGUUAAUGAUGUCAAUGAUAACCCUCCGGUGUUUGAAAAAACAUCCUAUAAGGCAGUUCUGUCUGAGACUGCCAUGAUUGGCACUCCGGCUCUGCAAGUGGUGGCUACCGACAAAGACUCUGAGAAGAACAACAUUGUACGCUAUCAGAUAUUCUACCCCACAGAUGCCUACAACAGCACCGACCACUUCCACAUCGACAGCAGCAGCGGCCUCAUCCUGACCGCCCGCAUGCUCGACCACGAGCUGGUCCAGCGCUAUGAUUUCAUCGUCAGGGCAACCGAUAACGGCUUCCCACCGCUGAGCAGUGAAGUGUCGGUCAUGGUGGUGGUGAAUGACAUGAACGACAACCCUCCGGUGUUCAACCAGCUUCUCUACGAGGCCUAUGUCAGCGAACUGGCCACGAGGGGCUAUUUUGUGACCUGCGUCCAGGCUUCGGAUGCUGACAGCUCCGACUAUGACAAACUGGAGUACCGCAUCCUGUCAGGAAACGAGAGAAUGAACUUUGUGAUGGAUGGUAAGACGGGUAUCAUCACGCUGUCUGGUCACAGGAAGCAGAGGAUGGAGCCAGCCUACAGUCUGAAUGUAUCCGUCUCUGAUGGGGUGUUCACCAGCACAGCCCAGGUGCACAUCAGGGUCCUGGGGGCCAACCUCUACAGCCCUGUGUUUGGACUGAAUGCCUACGAUGCAGAGCUACGGGAGAAUGCAGCGGUAGGAACCAAGGUGAUCCAGGUGAGGGCGACCGAUGCUGACCCAGGAGUGUUUGGCCAGAUUACCUACUCAUUCGUCAACGACGUGGGGAAGGACCAGUUUAGUGUGGACGCCAACGGUCAGAUCACCACCCUGGAGAAGCUGGACAGAGAGGACCCUGCCAACAAGGACAUCGUCCUUACGGUGGCGGCCCAGGACGGAGGUGGAAGGGCCUCCUACUGCACCGCCCGGGUCUCCCUGGUGGAUGACAACGACAAUGUCCCUCGCUUCAGAGCUACAGAAUACCGUGCUUCCGUGAAAUCUAACGUAGGCAAGGGCUUCUUGGUGACCCAGAUCCAGGCAUAUGAUCCUGACGACGGUGCCAACUCUAAGGUGACAUACUCGCUCUACAGCGAGGCACACGUACCCGUGGUGGAUAUGUUAGAGAUCGACCCUGACAACGGCUGGAUGGUCACCAAGGGGAGUUUCAGCCAACUGCGCAACUCAGUCCUGUCUUUCUUUGUCAAAGCAGUAGAUGGAGGUAUCCCUGUCAAGCACUCUUUAGUAUCAGUCUACAUCCACGUCUUGGCACCUGACGCCCUCAUCCCCUCCUUCACCCAACCCCAGUUCUCCUUUACCGUCCCAGAGGACACCCCUAUAGGAGCUGCCCUAGGGUCCGUCCGCCUCAUCACCCCACCAGGCUACGCCUCGCUGCCAGUCACCUUUGCUCUGGUCAACGGAGAGACCGGGGAGAACAACCAGGAUGGAGUCCUGGUGGUGGACAGGGACACUGGGGUCAUCAAGCUGGACAAGCCCCUAGACCACGAGGUCAUCACUGCCUUCCACUUCAAGGUCACAGCCACCGUGCAGCAGGCCAAGCUGGACUCUGUGACCAGCGUCGACGUAGAAGUCAAAGUCCUGGAUCUGAACGACAACAAGCCAGCAUUUGAAUCCAACUCUUACGAGGCGACAGUGAUGGAAGGGAUGCCUAUCGGCACCAUGAUCAUCCAGGUUCAGGCUCUGGACCCAGACUCUGGAGCUAACGGACAGGUUACAUACAGCCUAGGCACGUUGGCGCAAUCCGAAGGGGAGCCGGACCAAUCCACACAGACCUUCACCAUUGACAGCAACACGGGCUGGAUCUCUACUCUCAAGGAGUUGGACCAUGAGAUGUACCCAUCCUACGCCUUCCUGGUGGUAGCCUCAGACCUGGGGGAGACCCUGGCCCUCUCCUCCACCUCCACGGUGACCGUGGCCGUGUCGGACAUCAACGACAACCCGCCCAGAUUCCUGGAUGAGAGGUACCUGGGCUCGGUGCGCGAGAGCGACCCCCCUGGUGAGGUGGUGGCUGUGCUCAACACUAGAGACGACGACAGCUCURCAGUGAACCGCCAAGUCAGCUAUCACAUCACAGGUGGGAACCCUCGGGGGGUGUUUGCCCUGGGGCAGGUGCAGGGUGAGUGGAAGAUGUACGUGAAGCGCCCGCUGGACCGCGAGGAACAGGAACUAUACCUCCUCAACGUUACCGCUAGCGACGGCCUGUUCGUCACCAGGGCAACCGUGGAGGUGUCUGUGACUGACACCAACGACAACAGCCCUGUCUGUGACCAGGCUCUUUACACAGCCUCGGUCCCAGAGGAUAUCCCAGUCAACAGAUUGAUAGUAGGCAUUGGAGCCAGCGAUGCUGAUGUAGGGGUCAGUGCUUGGAUCCAGUACUCUCUACAUGGACCGGGCUCUGAAGACUUCAGCAUCGACCCAGACACUGGCGAACUAAAGACAGCCCAGGCCCUGGACAGGGAGAAGACCCCUGUGUACAGACUGGUUGCCCAGGCGACAGACGGAGGUGGUCGGUUCUGUCGUGCGGAGGUCCACCUGACGCUGUUGGAUGUGAAUGACAACCCUCCGGCGUUCUCUGCAACCCACUACACUACCAGUGUGUAUGAAGACACAUCCACCAAGGCCCUGCUUACACGCAUACAGGCCAUCGACCCUGAUGAAGGCAUCAGUCGUAAAGUAGUAUAUUCUCUGGCCGACUCUGCCGGCGGCUUCUUCUCCAUCGACAAAUCCUCUGGCAUCGUGGUCCUGGAACGUAUCCUCGACCGCGAACAGCAACCGUCCUACAUGAUCACGGUCAGAGCGUCCGACCAGGGCUCUCCUGUCCGCCUGUCCUCCCUGGUCAACGUGACCGUCACGGUCCUGGACAUCAAUGACAACCCACCGGUGUUUGAGCGGCGUGACCACCUCGCCACCGUGCCAGAGGAUGUGGCGUUAGGGACGGAGGUGCUGAGAGUGUAUGCAGCCAGUAAGGACAUUGGAACCAACGCUGAGAUAACCUAUAGUAUCCGCUCAGGCAACGAGCACGGAAAGUUCCACAUACACCCCAUCACUGGUGCCAUCGCUGUGUCCAAGCCUCUGGACUUUGAGACUUGUAAAGACUACUUCCUUACUGUGGAGGCCAGAGAUGGUGGAAAACCGCCCCUAAGCGCCGUAACCAUGGUAAACAUCAACCUGACGGAUGUCAACGACAAUGCACCCAUGUUCAGCCGAGACGUCUACACUGCUGUCGUAUCCGAGGACGCAACCAUCGGAGAGUCCGUCGUCAAGGAGUACCCCAGUCUCUUUAACCUGGACUGGUUCAACCGUGUUUCCAGACCUCUCCAGGAGUACCCCAGUCUCUUUAACCUGGACUGGUUCAGCCGUGGUUUCCCAGACCUUCUCCCAGGCACUCUCCAGGAGUACCCCAAGUCUCUUAACCUGGACUGGUUCAGCCGUGUUUCUAGACCCUCUCAGGAGUACCCCAGGCUCUUUAACCUGGCUGUUUCAGCCGUGUUUCCCCAGACCUCUCAGGAGUACCCCAGUCUCUUUAACAUGGAUGGAGAGUCGUCUGGUCUGUGUGGGGAUCCAGGUAUCCCAGACCACGGUAUCAGACUAGGAGAAGACUUCUCAGUGGGCGGCCUGGUUGGGUUCAGCUGUGAACAGGGAUAUGUCCUACGAGGUUCCUCAGAGAGAACAUGCCAACCUAACAGCACCUGGGUGGGCACACAGCCGGAGUGCCAUG